AACCAUAAGACAACGUGUCACAUGACCUCUGACCACCACAGUCACCUGACAGGUAGGCUACAGAUUAGCUUAGCAUUUUGCUAACAUGUGUUCUGAUGUGAUGUCAUCACAGUCAACAGGAAGUGACGUAAUGAUGUGUGACGUGAAUGUUAAUGACACCCCGCGGUGUGACGUCACGCCGUGGCCGCAGGGGGCGCUCCUCCUCUCUGACCCCACAGGAGAAACUUUCAGUCCGGACGGGUCCAGACACGUUACAGCCCACUCGAACCAGUUCAGACUGGACCGGGGUGCAGUGAGAACAGAACCGGGCUGCACACCCAGCUGAGCCCGGACACACGCUGCACCGCCCCGCUGGCACCACCUACAGACCAAGCGCCUCCUACAUGGAUGAGUGCCGCGGCUCCGGGAGGAUUCCUGGUUCUGCCAUUGCCCCGUGAGGACGGCGGCUCGGACCCAGAGACGGAACAGGGUUCUGGAGAGGAGGGCCAGCUGGAGCGGCUGCUGCUGUGUGGGGCUGUGCUGGGACUUACUCUGAUGUGUGUGGCCAUGUUGAGGAAGUGGAUUGCAGGUGGAGUGUGUCGCUGUUCUGUUCGUCUGGAUGGAAAGACGGUUCUGAUCACUGGAGCGAACACUGGCAUCGGCAAAGAGACGAGCAGAGAUCUCGCACGCAGAGGGGCCCGGGUGGUGAUGGCUUGCAGAGACCUGACCCGGGCGGAGCAGGCGGCGGAGGAGAUCAGACGGUCGACAGGAAACGGGAACGUGGCGAUCAGACACCUGGACCUGGCCUCGCUUUACUCCGUCAGACAGUUCGCCAAAGACUUCCUGGACAGCGAGGACAGACUGGAUGUCCUCAUCAACAACGCAGGAGUGAUGAUGUGUCCAAAAUCGCUGACAGAGGAUGGUUUUGAGACUCAGCUGGCUGUCAAUCAUCUGGGUCACUUUCUGCUAACCAAUCUGCUGCUACCAAAGCUGAAGAGCUCCGCCCACAGCCGAGUGGUCACUGUGUCAUCCAUCGCCCACCGCGGGGGUCACAUCGACUUUGAUGACUUGUUCUUCAGCAGGAAGCCGUACAGCUCUCUGCAGAGCUACAAACAGAGCAAACUGGCAAACAUCCUGUUCACCAGAGAACUCGCCAGAAGACUCAGAGGCUCCGGCGUGUCGUCGUUCUGUCUCCACCCGGGUGUGAUCUUUACUGAACUGGGUCGUCACUUCCAGAGCUCGUUCCCCGUGCUGGGCCUCCUGCUGAUUCCUCCGUCCCUGCUGCUCAUGAAGACUCCCGCACAGGGCAGUCAGACCACCGUGUACUGUGCCGUGACGCCCGGCCUGGAGGAACUGUCCGGGAGAUACUUCAGUGACUGUGCCGAGAAGAAGGUAGCUCCAGAGGGUCGGGAUGACGAGGUCGCGAGGAGGCUGUGGGAGGAGAGUGCCCGAUUGGUCAGAUUAGAGGACACAUGUUGACCUCUGACCUCAACCCUGAUAGGAAACAGGGAAAUGUUCCCUUAAUGUUUCUUUAAUGUUCCCUGAAUGUUUCUUUAAUGUUCCCUGAAUGGUCCUUUAAUGUUCCCUUAAUGUUUCUUUAAUGUUCCCCUAAUGUUCCCUGAAUGUCCCCUUAAUGUUCCUUUAAUAUUCCCUUAAUGUUUCCUUAAUGUUCCCUGAAUGUUCAUUUAAUGCUCCUUGAAUGUUCCCUGAAUCAUCCCUUAAUGUUCCCUGAAUGUUCCUUGAAUGUUCCUUGAAUGUCCCCUUAAUGUUCCUUUAAUAUUCCCUUAAUGUUUCUUUAAUGUUCCCUGAAUGUUCAUUUAAUGCUCCUUGAAUGUUCCCUGAAUCAUCCCUUAAUGUUCCCUGAAUGUUCCUUGAAUGUUCCCUGAAUGUUUCUUUAAUGUUCCCUUUGUGCUUAUUGCUUUUUAAAUCUGUGUUGAACUUACUCGAUGACCUUUUUUAGAGCUGGUUCAUCUGGACGAAACAUAAUUGUACUUUUCUGACUAAAGAUUUGAUGAAUGUUAUUAAAUGUCAUUAAAUAUGUCAUUAAAGUUUAUUUCCUG